CACAGACAGCACCUCUGACAUCAGCAAAAAGGGAGGGAGAACCCCGACCAUACCCACGAGGCUGAUCCACCUUCAUUCGGGAACUGCAAGUCAUCCUGAUUUGCAGCUGCUUUCCACAAUCCCCGGCUGCCGUUUGCAUCGCUCGAGACGACUUGACAUGUGGAGUCAAAGCGACCCUGAACUCACGCUGAGCGCUGCAUCUUGUCUCGGUGCGACGGACAACGGGAAAAUCUGACGGUUAUUCCAGAAUGUCUCAGGGCCCGCAAUACAAUAUCAAGAUACGUUCGAUGUGCUCGUCACAUUUUUUUUCGCUCUGUAAGCGGGG